ACUACAUAUAACGUGGCAGCUUGUCAUUCUCUUCACAUCUGUUUCUCUUUUCGGGUGCCUACAUCUUACUGACUGUCGAUUUCGCUCCACUAAAGGAAAGGUUAAGAAUAACACGCCUGUAGUAACGACUUUGGAGAGGUUCAUGUCUUCUUUAACCAGAAGCGUUUUCCUUGGGCGACGAUCGAACUCGCCUAUUGCGUCUAAUUGUAAAAUAGAACUUCAAGAAAACCAUCCUACCGAAGCAGAAGAUAGGCUCUUCCUUAGCAAAAAGGAAACUGGAGCGACCAUUGACGGUCAAGAGCAACUGAAUAGUGUUUCAAACGGGAAUAUGAGUAAUGGUGGUAGUUUGCUGCAAACUGCUGACGAGAAGAGCGAUGCCAGCCAAGGUCAAAGAUUGUAUCGUGCGGCCCUGUUGGUUAUAUGUUUUGUCUCAGCACUUUCUCUUGGGCUUACCUUGCUGAUGUUGUUUGGUGUGUUUCACGCUGGUUCGCCACAAUGUACCUGCUCUGGAGAAACAGGUAUUUGCAGAUUUACAAGAUGUUUUAUUCUAAAUUUUAAUUCAUAUCUUCAAAUUGAUCGUGAGUUAGAUACGCUUCUAUUUUGGAUUUGCGAAAGCGAGUCUCAGCCUGUAGAAAACCACACAAUAAUGGCCUGGUAAGGUAGAAAAACAUUUAAGUUGGCAGAAGCACAAAAUCCAAAUAAGAUCGAGGUUGAAUAAGUAUAAACAAGCCCGUGACGCACUACAGAUGAUUAACUCAUCAAAUUUUCGCCCAAAUCGUGAAGAAGCCUCUUUUAUUAUCAUAAUUAUCAUUAUUAUAAUUUUUUUUUUUUUCUGAGAGACCUUCGAGUCAUAGGCAUUGAUAAGAACGAACAGGAAAGGAUCUCUACACACCUCACUGAUAAUUACGUUCAAAGACAUGUUUUUUUUUUGUUUUUAAUUUUUAUAAUGGCACGCCAACACACUUCUAGUGCAUCAAAACGCCAUUAAACAACAAUGGUUUAAUAUGCACCGCAUUCCUAGGUGUGACACCUAUAUACAUAAAAAUGCAUGUCAGCACGCGUCGCGAGAAUCGUGAAUACCUUGAUUGACAGCGAUAUUCUCUUUAUUUACAAAAAUCAUCCCCCCUUCCCGGGCUUUGAAAUGUGUAUGAUGAAUAGGAUUUUUCCUUUUAUUCAUUUGUUUUGGUUCGUUGUUUUGUUUUUCUUGGAUUCAGUUUAAGUCUCGAAAAUAAAUUCCCGAUGUUAUUGACAGCAUGUAAAAGUCAUUAACGUAUAAGAUGGUCAGGGAAGUCUCACCAUCUUGAUUUAAGAUCAUCCUUCUCCUUGUGGGUCGAUUCUUGAGCUCUGGUUAAUCAUAAAAGCGGAAUUACAUUCACUGUUACCCGUUCAGACUGAAAAAUUUAACCUACUGCAAAAAAAUUUAUCUUUUUGUGGCUUAUCUACAGUUUUUCCUUGAGACCAAAAGACCCCAAGGACUUAUUCCCUGGGUUUAUUAAAGAAUUUUUCUGUUGCGCUACUUUCUAAAUGACAAAUUGACCGCAUUGUUUCAUCGUUUUAUAACUAUUGAGAAUCGAAAGAUGUGAAAAAGGUUCAAACACCGCAAAAGAGCAUUAGAGGAGUAAGCGGUAAACAUAAUCCGGAAAAGCCGAAAAUAUUGAAUAGCCAAAAUUUUUCGCGGUAAUCAAAUUUAAAAAAACAACGAGGCCUAUUUUUGCAUAGUAAUUAUUAUCAAAAAAAUCCUUGGAUCUUAAAAUGUUUAGCAACAUCCAAGUUUUAAUUUCUAUAUCCUAAUGAAUGAGUUGCCAGUUUGCACGAAGAUUUCUGCGAUCGCCACGGGGCAAACAUUGUGUCGAGAUCCAAAAAACCAUUUUGGAGAUAAGGCAUCGCUGUUUCCCGCCGCUUCAUCAUAAAUCGAUUCAGGUGAUGUAGAUUCGAGGGAAGCGUUAGUUUAUUUAUUGAAUAAUCAUGAUAUGUGAUAAAAGCUACUGAUAAAUUUCCCCAACGCGUAUUUUGAAACUUGCAUCGCAUAAUGGUCUCGAAGUUUAGAAAAAUUAGCUAUAAUUCGCCAGGAAAUAAAUCCAGAAAACCCUUUGAGUUUUAUUUCAUGUAUUGGGUCUACUUUUGGCUUUUUUCUUGGCGUGGUAAUUCCAAAGAGCUACAUCGAGGCAGCUCGAGAUAGAAAUGGUUUGCUUGAACAUAAUAUUAUCAUAUCACGUAAAGUGAUUUAACACUUAAGUUGCUUAUUUGUUGAAAAAUCAUUUGUUAAUUGAACCGUUUCUUCUGCGACAAUGAAUAUGUACAAAUGCACUACUGGAAAUAUGUCCACAGUUUCUGCCCGAGCUCCCGUGAUCUUACUGUUCCUGAUAAGAUCCUCCAAGGAGUCCCAGGAGAAGAGUGGCAGUUCAAAUAUCUUUAUAUGUAUUUGAACUGCCAUGACAUGCAUUAAACAUAUGUUUCUCAUGGUGUAUUUUAUUCCGAAGAGCAACGGCUCGGUAUACGUAAAAACAAUUCCAUUUCCGCCGAUAAGGACUUCUCUCCUUUGAGGAGGUAUAUUUUCAGACGCCGUAAUUUGUUGAUUAAAAGUAUAGACAAGUACCACAUAAAUCCAACCGAAAAGACUUAAUUAUUAUUAUUAUUAUUAUUAUUAUUAUUAUUAUUAUUAUUAUCACUAUUUAAAUCUCCAGCCAUCGUGUAUUUAUGCAUCCACUCAUUUAUUAAUGUUUUUCUUUCAUCUAUUCAUGAAGAAAUAUCAGAACUCAAGAAGAAUCAACAAGAGCUGAAAAGGAACCUCUCGGCUUUGAGGAAACCUUCGGUAGGUCAAAAUUCUUCGUUAUUAAUUAGGGAAGUCUGCUAGUGUUCAUUCAAAUUUUUUUCGGUUUUUUGAAGGGUAGAGGGUGCACAAAAUUUCUUUGCUCGACUCUUGUUUAAUUACUCGCAUUUCAUCUUUUCAUUUUCGUUUCAUCUCUUUCCGUCUUUAUAUUUUAUUUCGAAAAACGAAUACUUCUCUUUUAAACUUUAGUCAGGAACCUAUUUCUAUUCGUUUUUAUGUCAGGUUUCAAAGAGGAUUCUGGAGAAUAACUUUGCUGAGGUGAGUUUUUCCUUCAGUGUUUGUUUAUAGUCGUGAACUUCUGGUUUUUUUUUUCUUUUUUCUUUUUUUAAGUAAAGGGGGUUGAGGGGCAGCCUUAUUAGAAAAGAAACUAUCUGUGUGUUUGGCAUUCGAAUAACAAAACAAUUAAAAAGUAUGUAUUGUUCAAAUUUGAUUCUACUUUUUCAUUACAGAUUAAAAAGGAGUUGCUGAAUAUUAAAAACAAAGUAAGUUUACUCUUAUUAUCCUUGACAAUUCAACAAAUAUAGUUUUGAAUUAUCUUCCUUGAUAUUCAUUAAUUGAUUUCCUUAUUCAGUUGUGGAUUAUUUUUUGAUAAUAUUCAUUGAUCUUGGAGCCCUUAUUUGCAUCAAUUCUUACGUAUUUGGUAGAUUUAGUCAUUCUUAUAUGUAUCAAUAACUUUUUGUAUUCCCUGUAUUCAAUUUUCCCUUUUCUCGUGUGAAAGAUUACACAUCAAAGCAAAUCUAGUUCUCGAAUUUCUUAUAUUUCUUGUAGGACGUGUACACGACAAAUUAAUCUCACUAGAAUCAAAUAGUGCAAUCUUAUUACGACACAAUCAAAUAUAUAGUGUUAUCUUAUUACGACACAAUCUUUUUACGUAAACUUUUUUAUUCAUUAUUGUGACAGGUUUCAAAAGGUUUAGAGAAUCUGGAGAAUAACUUUACCAAGAUAAGAUUUUCCUUCAGUGUUUUCAAUAUAGUCUUAUAGUAAAGAAAGAAAGAUUGCACAUCAAAAAAGAUCCAUUUCUUGAAUUUCUGACAUUUCUCGUAGGACGUGCACACGCCAAAUUAAACUCACUUGAAUCAAAUAGUUUAAUCUCAUUAAGACACGGUCUCUUUAUGUAAACCUUUUUAAUUGUUUGUCUGACAGGUUUCAAAAGAUUUAGAGAAUCUGGAGAAUAACUUUACCGAGGUGAGUUUUUCUUUCAGUGUUUUCGUUAUUGUCUUAUGGUAAAGAAAAAAAAGAUUGCACAUCAAAAAAGAUCCAUUUCUUGAAUUUCUGGCAUUUCUUGCAGUACUUGUUCACGCCAAAUUAAACUCACUUGAAUCAAAUAGUUUAAUCUCAUUACGACACAGUCUCUUUAUUUAAACCUUUUUAAUUGUUAUUCUGACAGGUUUCAAAAGGUUUAGAGAAUCUGGAGAAUAACUUUACCGAGGUGAGUUUUUACUUCACUGUUUUCGUUAGUAAAGAAAAAAAGAUUACACAUCAAAAAGAUCCAUUUCUUGAAUUUCUUAUAUUUCUUGUAGGACGUGUACAUGCCAAGUUAAUCUCACUUGAAUCAAAUAGUGCAAUCUUAUUACGACACAAUCAAAUACAUAGUGUUAUCUUAUUACGACAUAGUCUCUUUAUGUUAACCUUUUUAUUCCUUAUUGUGACAGGUUUCAAAAGGUUUAGGGAAUCUGGAAGAAAACGUCACAAAGGCAAGAUUUUUUUUUCUGUAUAUUCAUCUCCUUGUAUAUCUCUGUUUCUUACAGAUGUGGAUGGCGAUAUCAGAAUGCAACUGUUCGCGUGUUUAGUUAAUCAUUACAGUUGUUUGGUUUGAUGACAGUUCUUAUCUCUUUGGCAGGUGGAAAAGAAACUGGAAAAUGUGACAGUAAGUUAAAUUCUGAACAUACAUACAUGACAGUUCAGAAUUGUACAAGCCUUCCGCCACCCCACCUCGCAAGUGCUCCUCAAUAUCAGUGAAAUCAUCACUUCCUCCUCGGAAAAUUCCCUUUCUUGGCCAAAAAAUUAUCGUUCUUCAUUUCAAAACAGGAAAUCUUGUUUUUCGUAGAUCACAUGCCCUUUGGGAUUCAAUAGCACUAAGGGUGAUAUUGGACCUGCCGGACCUGCUGGACCUGCCGGACCUCCAGGAUAUAAUGGUACUCAGGGCCCUCGUGGACCAUCCGGUUACAAUGGUACCCAGGGACUACCUGGACCUGGAGCCAGUUCCUGUGUUUACAAGAUUGCAUCCAGCCCGGGUAAGACAUCAGUAGGUUUGGCCGCUAGGGAAGAAGUGGAAAUGAAGGAACCAAACGUAAGUUUAGAGAUGAACUCUAUAUUGGGUACAGAAGAAAGAAUAAAUCAUUUUGGUUUGAAUUUUAUUAUGAACGGUACUGUUAGAAGUUUCUUUAAAAUUCAUGAAAAGAACUAAAGAAUCCUUCAAACUUUCAAAGAUUGAACUUAAGAAAUUAACAUGGAGGAAAUUUUUAAAUUUUCUCCAAUGUUACAGUAUAAUUUAUAUAUACUUAACUUUCAGAAAUACAACUAUUUUAUCAAACAACACGUACUGAGUUAAUUCCUACGCAGAAGCGAUUCCGAAAAGCAACGCUAACAAUAAUCAUCGUCUAAAAACGAUCUUAAGCGCACUGCAGACUAUACUUCAGCUUACCUUUGACGCACAAACUCGCCGUGACUAGACCGACUCGGCUUUCUAGAAAAUAAUGUUCUACAGUCACUUCUUGCACCGACAAAUUCAAAAACAAUAUUUUUAAUUGCCAUUGACUCCGAAAAGGAUUUGACAAUUCUAAGAACGAUCUUAAGCGAAAUCGUUUCAGCGUUUAGUUUCGCAAGGCAAAAAAUUAGAACGCCACCUCUUUGGGAACUUUUGCCGUCGGCUUCCUUAAAACAUAAAUAAUGCUAUAUGUACUUUAGCCUAUUCGCAUGCAGGAAAUGUUUUAGCCUUUCACCUUCGAACUCUUGACGCCAUUUAUAAUUAUCAUUAUUAUCAUCAUUGUAAUCAUUAUGAUUAUCUUUUUUUUGGCAGAAUACGACCUUCAUUGGUGUAAACUGUGAUACAAAUGACGCAAAAUUUGUUAAAUUGUCAAGCACCAACUUAGGUGGCGAGAGAACCUACAAGUGCUUUUGCGAAGGUACCCUUAGACUGGGGGUGUCAAAUCUGCAUUGCUACAUGCACUACUGGGAGUGUCUGUCCUAAAUGGGAAAACGUUAAGCCAUUCUUUGUAACAGAGCCCUUUUUAAAGACAAUAAUAGCGUUUUACCAGAAACGAGAUGAAGAGCAAUUUAGAUAGUUUAACAUGAGUGGCGCAAUAUUAACAACUGCCCUGACUAUAUCAUAUUUUUUGUCGUUAGUAGGUUACUUGUUUUCAAAUGUGGCCAGUAACAGAAAAAGGCAAAUAAUGAUUUCAUCAAAUCAUAUUGUUAUGGAUAUCGAUGGCUUAUUUCAGGCUUAGCCUUUUGGCAUCAGGGAAGGUAACAGAGUUAGAAGUGCAGUCAUCUUCUUUUAUUCAAUUAAAGUUUAUCCAUGAACUUUUCUUAAGCUUUAUUGGAAACCGACAUUUUACGAGACGAGCCGAUGAAUUUUCCACGAACAGUAAAAAUAAUUUAAUUUUGCUAGAAUGUGUUUUUGCGACCUCAACCGCUUAGCCGCGAUUUUUAUAUACUCCCGCCAGUCCUCCUCUCUAACGUUUAUUCCAAUAGGGUGUGUGUUCUGUCUAUCUGUAACUGGGAGAAAUAGAUUUUGUACUGAAAUGAAGAAAUAAUAUUUUAAUUGUUAUAUGACAGGAUCAAACCGGGAAGAAAUAGAUGAAGGUAAACAGCAACUUUUACCUCUAAAUUUGGCUAGUUCCAUUUGCCGCAAAUAAAAAUCUCGCAACAUGGGUAAGCAGAUUCAGUACUUUCCGUGUUCUGGUACCUUUGCCUUACGGUUUCAUAAUGAGUUAAAGAAAACCGUUCAAAAUUGGGCCACAACAGUCAUCUACCAAAGCGUGUUUUGAUGAAAACAAACAGCGAAACGCAUACUUCACCGGAAAGCUGUCGGGGCACAGUGAUUUACCGGAGAGGGUUUUGGAAUGGUUUUCCCAGUGUUCUGCCCGAUACCUUAGGUAUCAAACGAAAACAAUAUUUCAGGGAAUGGCUAGUAUUCGUGGCACAUUACCUAAAGGAUUGCUAGCCCAUGUCGUCUUCAUACCGAACACAUAUCUAAUUUUCAGGGGUGCAGUUCGAUUGACCAAGUCAUUCGUUGAGUAGGAUUAUCUCUUAAGAAGUUGGAAGAGUGUUGGACAAAGCGAGACGAAAAGCAUUUUGGUGUUUUACAUAAGUAUUACCAAUUGCCCGCCAUAUCAUAUUUUGUGUUGUUGGUGUGUUGCUUUUUUCGAAUUUGCCAAGUGAUUGUGAGGGACAUAUUAUGCUUGUCGAAUUCAUGUAUGUUGCAAAUAUUGGCAAAACGAUAAUCAAAGCUGCAUUGCUAAAUAUACUAAAGUGAGUGUUAGUCCUAAAAGGUAAGCGUAAAACUAUUCGCUUAACAUCAUUCUUUGCAUCGAAGAUGACGGGGUUGUUAAAUCAGCAGCCACGGGAAAACAGAUUUUCAACUGACCUGUAUGUUACAUUGUUUUACAAAUUGGCCGUAUUAUUAUAAACGCGGAACAGACGUUUACGCAUGCAUAACUAUUGAUUUUUUUAAAUGUGCACAAUUGUUGUAAUACGCAAAUCUAUGGACUAAAUCAUUUUUGCAAUAGAUAAUUAUAGUCAAUUUUAGCGCUAGAUCAUAGGGUUUAGGACAUUAACAUGGUUGAAAUCAUUAUCCCGUCAGCCGCGAUUUUAUACAUUCGACCUGGUCCUUCUGAACAGCACUCUAACUUCGUGAACAUUAGUUACUAUUAUAUGGCUGUAAUUCAGGUACAGAAUCAUGUACCAACAGAAAAAUUAAAUUUUGUUUGUUUGUUUGUUUUUUUUGUUUUUUUUUGUUUUUUUGUUUUAAUGUUUUUAUGUAUAACAGGUUCAACGCGAGUAAAGAAAGAAAAGCAGUCAACCAGUCUGGGCCAUGUAUGAGUAUCCGCAGGUUACAACGUGACUUCCGCUUAUUCUUGUUGAAGCGUAUUCAUAGUGUACUCAUGCAUUAGGAAGUUCGCGUAGUGCGUUUGAGCCAGUUUCUGGCAGAUUUAAACAGAAAACAGGUCCUUUGUUGGACUCUAAUGAGACUUUGAUCGAUGGCGCUGUUAACGAAAUGUUUGGCCGGUUCGUAAGUUGUCGACCUGGUUUCGGUCGAUCUGAUUGAUUGGCAACACCUCUAAGGCAAUACAUAUCAUCGUCCCAAACCAGAUGAGCCCAUGACACGUCAGCGGAAUCGUGGCGGGGGUCUACUAUUUUUCUGCUCGUUUCUGGCGAACCAAGAGACCGUGACCAGUGUGACUUCCUAUAGCUUGUACAAACUAAUUUCUGUCUAGAUCACAUAUUUAAGAAAAAGUUUAGCCUGUUAUAAAGGCGUUAAAAGGAGGAUCGACACUUAAUAAUGGUUGCGGUCGAUGUUAUCCUCUGACCUUGCUAUCAUCGACCAAAACCAGAUUCAGGUCAAAGAUCAUUUAUACUUUCAUUAGUUAUUUUAUAAAAGAAAUGUAAAAUAGUUUCCGUGUUUACAUAGCCUGAUGUAAACACGCGGGAGGUUGGGAGAACACUCGAUAAGCUAGAAACCACUCCGCUUCGAGUCGUGGUUUCCUACGCUUAUCGAGUGUUCUCCCAACCUCCCGCGUGUUUACAUCAGGCUAUGUAAACACGGAAACCAUUUUACAUUUCUUCACUCAUGCAUUUAUGUUUUGCGGCUCGCGGGUAAAUAUUAGCGGGAAAUCUAAAUUUUUGGUAGAAGAACAGACAUGGAUGAUAACAGUACACCUUGGGCUUCAAGAUGGACCGUACAGUUUGACCCUUAUUCCGGGUAUGUUAACGAUGAAAGCUGCGCUGACGAACUCACAAAACAGUACAGGAUAGCUACGACCACACGCUUCACUGUAUUUAAACAAACAUGAGGAUUUUCAAAUUGCAGUAAGCUGAGUAAGUAAGCUCACAUGUAAAGAUUUACAAAACAAACCAUACUGACAGUAAAGUAAAGUGAAGUAAAACUUCAUUUAGACACUAUAGGUAUCUAAAAUCAGGGGCUUGUAGGGUCGUGAUAUUAACUUGAAAUAUAGAUAAAUAAAAAUAAAAAAGGGAAAAUUAUAUAUAACUUUUUUCCAAUAAUUAUUAAUAUCUUAAGAACACAUGUACACAUCAUUAUUCUUCGGUUUACACUGGUCAGUUAGACUUUCAAAAUUAAAAUGUAAUUAAAAUUCAACUUAGCUUCAAGUGUCAAUUUACUGUCAGUCUGCAGCAAGAUUUAGCGAGAAAUGCUGAAUUAAUUUAGAUCAAGCUUAAAGUGUCAAAACCCUACUCAGUGGUAUUGACACACAGCUGCCAGCAUCCCCAUCCAUUACGCCAGUCCUUUGGCUACAUCUGAGUGGGGCGGGCUUGAUGUCAAGGCCCUACAUUUUGAGCACCCAUGUACACAUAUGUACAUAUGUGUUUGUGUACAUGUAUUGUAUUGCUAACUCAACUUGGUUCCUCUUCUCAUAUAAAAACGUAGGAGUAAAAGAAAAUGCAGAGAAAAAUGCUAAGAACCACUGUAUACAAUGGGCUGACUCACAGGAGAUGGCAGGAUGCAGACUAAGUUUUGAUGGCAUCCCAUUCCAAAUUGUGGGGGUCAAAGGUUAAGAAUGCCAAAAUGGGCCAGACAGAAAUAAGGCACUCAAAAGGAAGGAGGCUCAAAAGAGACUGCAAAAAGAUGUAAGCAUGCAUAAUAAUUAACUAAACAAGAAUGUAAACAAGAUGAUAUUACUAAUUAAGGACUCCCAAAGAGGAUAUCAUAUAUAGGGCAUUACAUAGUUACUGAUUUACCUUUACCUAUUUGCUCUUAAGCUAACAAGGUGGUAAGUCCCAACUGAUUUUUCUAAGCAAUUUGGUGAGCACUCCCCUCUCCCUAAGGGCUAAUAGCAUGCAAUAAUGUUUCUUUUUUACCACUUGCAAGUAAAAGGACAUAUCACAUUUUAUUUGUCAAAAUAAAGAUCACUGUGACUGCAGUUUACAAGGUAGGAAUCAAGUACUAUUUGAAAGGAUGCUUUUCAUUACUUCUAAGUUUACUGAUAACUUGACUAUUCCCAUAUGACUGCUCUAUCUAACAAUCCAAUAAAUCCAUUUGGUUUCAGAAGGAGAAUGCUGAUCACUGCUAUAACAGCACCAAAAAGUGCUUUAUAGUACAGGAUAUGAAGAAAUGCGACAAUCUAGCAAAGAUUCACCUGCGGAAAAUAAUCAAGUAUCCUGAAAAUGAGGUCAGUUUAUUUAAAUUAUUGAAAUUAGGGUCCAGGGGGCACUACCAUUAACAUGAAUGAUCACCAGCCUAAUAAAAGGUGCUUAAUCCCAAUGGGCCUUGUGUUACAUGUAGGUGAAGUGGACAGAUGAUACGACGACCUGGACAUUUCAUUGUGCAGAAAUGAAAAAAAUUUACCUGUAAUGGAAACAGAGUAAAUAUUUUAGAAACUAAUUUUUCAAACAUUAUUUUAAUCAAAACAUUGUAUCAUUAGAUUUCAGAUAACACAAAGAGUAGAAGGGAGACAAUGUCAAAAUUUCUGAGAACAUCCCUAGAGUCAGAAAACAAGCAAACAAUAACUACAGAGGAGUGUAUUUACAUAUUACUACCAAAACCUAUGGAUCACUUAUUUCACCCCAUGGGGAGGGUAAGUACUUGGCCAUCAAUUAACUUUUUUUUUGCACUCAGGACACUUAAGUUUGGUGGGGGAUUUAAGGUGACUUAACUUAACACAGAUCAUCAGUCUUCUAUAGACUGUGCUGCUUCCACUGUCAUGUGGAAUAUAUAUAAAGAAUAAAUAAAGAUUAUACAUCACAACAAAAGACCAAUCAAAUGUACUACAUGUACAGCUUCUUUUAGCUACACUGGCACUUAUUCCUCAAACUCAAUAUCAAGAUUAUAACAUCACAAUUUUAUUGGAUAGGGAUUUCCACAGGCACUGCUUUUAAUUGAUGAAUUGCUCUCAUGGACUUUUUUAAAUGGAUUUUCUUAAAAAAUACAGCAUUCAGUAAUCUGUAAUUAUAACAUUCUGUAACUAUUACUGAAAAGCCCUACCACGGGUCUGCCUAUAAUAAUGCUGAGUAUAAUUUGCAUUAUUAUGCAUUCAAAAUAUUUCCCCGUUUCUGAUAGGUUAAAACCACCCGCAUAUUUCAUCAUAACCAGCUGCUGUUGACCAAAUUUGGAAAAAAAUGUUCUCAUAUUGAACCAAUGACAUCAAAAGCAGCUGGCUGCAGGUUAUUGAACUGUUGACCAAGAAAACCUGGGGACGAGGUUGUGUUAUUUUUUUAAAUGAAUAAAUAAUAAAGCAAUUAUUCUUUUUUUUCUUUGUUGUUUUAUCAGACUACUGGGCUACUUCAGCCUGUUGAUGAGACACUGGUUAAAAAAAUUCAUGAGCUUGUUGGAAGUGGUGUUAAUUAUGUUUCUGAAAUGCAACGGCACCUGCGUCAUUAUGUAAAGAAGGAGCUUUUCAUAGGCCAACAGCCUCCAGAUCUAACCAACAGACAGUUCUUCCAAACAACCAUGGAUGUCAGGAACCACAUGUAUCUUGCCAAAGUGGUGAGCAGACAUUCAUAAAUUGAUCAGGAAAACCUUGACCUAAAAAUCAAGAAGUGGAAAGAAGAAAGCCCAGAUGAUAAUUUCUUUUUCAGGCCUUACUGCCUAACAAGUGAUAGUGAGUCCUAUCAACAACUACAAUCACUGAAGGAAGAAGACAGCACUGAUGUAAUUAAAAUAAGCGUAAGUGAUCAAUCCAACAACCUCCUCCUUGUUCACCAGAUGAAGUGGCAAAGUGGUACUACAAAAAGAAUACAACCUGCAAAUUCCUGUCUUAAUUAUUGAUGACAGCUCUCCUGAUCCAAAGUCAUGGUUGCAUUUUCAGGACCCUAAAGACCCAGCCUCAACCCUGAUACUGUGUGAAGAUUCAAAGGAUCACAUUUUAAACAAGACAACAUAGCUGUGUGAUUCUGAGAUACAAGCUGGUCAGAUCCACCUAAAACAAAAAUUCCCUAUUGUAGAUGGUCUAUGGGGCCCUGCUUAUCAGCCAAUAAGUGUAACAAUUCCCGCAUCAACACUAAUCGGAAAUGGAGAUGCAACAAGUGUAGAAGCUUGUAUGCUACAAAAGCAAAUCUACAUACACUGUACAGCUAGUCGUGUAAAGAACAAGAAAAUAAUAUAUAUUAGGAGGUCACAUGUUUUGCAACAAUAAUUACAACAAUAAUACAAUUGCAGUGUCAUUAAAAUGUAACCAAAAAUCACUUUCAUUAUGUUAUUUCAAUCAGAAUUUAAAGGGUUCAUUUAAGAGCUUAAAAUUCAAAAUACUAAUAAAUAUUAUUGUAGUUGAUUCCAACCACACCAAUGUUUUCUCUAGACAGUCAAGUUUGAUCAUCAGCAGUAACCACACAAACAUUGGCAAUGGUCUGAAUAAUUUGUCAUUCAAAAUUAUGAAUGAAUUCAAAAUUAUGAAAACAAUGAAUUUCUCCGUCAGUUUUUGUCUGCGUAACUUAUUUUUCCUUGUUCUUGAGUUUGUGGUGCUUUAAUAUCAUGGUGAAAAUUGCCUGUAAGAAUUUCAUGGAUGAUACUUAGAGACCCACAUUUAAUUCAUAGGUUAUAUUCUGCAAGUUCAAAUUGAAAUACUUAAGAUUUAGGAGGGAGCUCAAGCUGAAUAUUCAAAUAUUGACAGUCGGCGCGGUGUACUGUCAUCACACAAUCAUCUUAAAAUUGAGAAAUAUGUAC